AUGAUAGUUCAUACAUUGAAGGAACAAACUGCUCAAUUGAAUAAAUUUAUGGUUAAACAAUUUAUUCGUGGUAUCAAGUAUAAAUAUAUUAAUCUGUUAAUACCAGAUGAAAACAUCGGAUUGAGUACUACAAAAGUAUUAGAAGCUAUAGAUGAUAAUAAAUUGAUCUAUUUUUUAGAGACAAUGUUAAAAAGAUCUCAGGCUACCAUAUCUCAAUUUAAAAGGAUCUGUUGUAUUAUAAUCAAAUUUUUAGAGUGCUGUGAUGCUGAAUUCAAUUAUCUAAGGAAUUUGAAAUUUAAUUUGAACAAACUAAUCGUUGUUGCAUUUAUAAUGAGUAAUGUCACAACUGGUUCUAAUGAAGGUGAAAUGAUACAUGAAAGAGAGAAAUGUUAUCAGUUAUAUUCAAGAAUUACUGGUCUAUCUGUCAAAGAGUUAAUCAAUUGUUGUUCUAUUGUAAGACCAGUUGUGGUACGUCGUACUAGAAGGCAGAAACUAUUACUCCGGCGCAAUAACAAUCAAACUGGAAAUAAUAUGUUUAAUUCAGAUGAAUCUUCUUCAUCACCUUUAAUAACUAGUACCACGUCAUUGCACCAGAUUCAUGGAUCAGCACAUUCUCAAACAGAUGAUGAUAAUAAUAAUAAUAACUUAGGAUCAUUUUUUGAAAAUACUAUUGCUUUCUCAGUUUCUGCAACAACAAAUAACCAUAUUAACACCAUUAAUCCAUCACUAGUUUUGAAUUCAACUAUGGACAGUCAUUCUAAUAUAACAAAACAUGAUAGUAAUAAUAUUCAUAAUAUCCACACAGAUAGCCACCAUCAUCAUAAUAACAAUAAUAAUGCAUCACUUAUUUUACAGGAAGAAAAUAUAACUAGUAUUGCUUCCUCUUCUCCAGCAACAACAAAUUGUGAUAGUGAUGAUAUUUUACAAGAUAGAAUACAAAAUAAAUAUAAUCAAGGAAGCAGUGAUUAUGUUCUACCCAGUGAAAUUGAACAAUUUAAUAUUAUGGGUCGAAAGUUAGUUAUGGAUUAUUUUAAGGUUGUAUAA